AUGGUGCCGCCCGGGGGCCGGGGCACAGGCCCCGCCGGAGUCGCCCAGGAACCGGGUCCGAGAGAGGCGGGCGCCGGUAAGCGGAGGGCCCAGGGACCUCACUGCCGCCGCUGGCCGCCGCGGGGCCGUGCCGCCGCCCGCAUGGCUCGCUCCCGGGCCCGCGCUCCGGGCUGCCGCCUUCGCUCGCCUCCGGCUCCUCCGCGCUAUUGUCCGGGCCCCGCCGCCCAGCAGCCCCGAGGGGGGCGUGCAGCGCCGCGCAGCCUCCUGCCCCGCCGCAGUCGGAACGCGAGACUCGGGUCACUGUCUUGCUCCCGCCUCCGCCAUGAUCCCCACCGAGCAGCUUCCCGCGCCGCCGCAGCUUCUUCAGAUCGCCGCCGCCAUGUUUUCCUUCCUUAUACCUGGCCCUGCCACCGCGGCCAGUGGCUUUGCUCCGCUCCCUCCGCUUCAAGCGUCCAGUGCCAGCGGGGGCCUGCUUUUGCUACAACUGUACCAACUGCCUGGGAUAGUCCGAACGCCCUCGGCCCCCGAAGGGCCCUAGGUUGCUGGAAGUCGCUUUCGCUUAACCACAGCAGCCGCCGCCUCUUCCGUCUUCCUCACUGAGCUAAAGCGGCCGCCAUCUUGGCUCACCCCUCAAAAGCGGUGCGCGGGGCCACCCAGGCAGUAGUUGCAGGGGCAGCCUAUCGGCCCCACCAUUUAAAGAGACAGGAGCGAGGCCCGCGGCCUCGCUGCGGCGGACGCUUCGGUCGGAGGCGGGCACGGAGCUGCCGAGGUGGCGGGAGCGCCGAUAGCGGAGGAGGCGGGACGGCAGUCGCGCCGGUGACGGCCCGGGACUCCCUCGCGCUUCCCUGCACGCAACGUCGUGCGAGCGCGGGAGGAUGAAGCAAGGACUCAGUCACCUGCACCAGCCGGCCUGGACCUUGAUCCUGGACUUCCUCCUCUUCCUAACAGAGAACAUGGCGGACAAAUAACAGCAGCCACGGAGGCUCUCUGAGAUUACCAGUUUAGAAUUCAGGAGUGGUGCCGUGUAAGGAGUCCUACGUGAGGGGAAAUGUACCCUGCCGACCCAGGAACGAACUAAGCUGAGAGAAACCAACUGGAAAUGCAAUCCUGAUGCUAUAAAGGGAACAGAUAAAAUCUCAGUGCGGAAGCUGGAUCCUGCGCCACUAGAAGCCGCGAUUUGAAUUUCCUGCUGCUGAUACUGCGUCCCAAUCUGCACAGCAGGGAGAGAGACGUGCGAAAGCUCUGAGAGCUGGAAUCAGUGAACAAAACGGUGUUGAGAGCGGGACUGGCAGGGAGCCCUGCAUCGACCUGUGGUGAGUGAGAGAAAUGGGGACCCUUUCAUAGACUAGGAGGCUCCAACAGAGGACAUUCUGGGAAUGAGCAGACUAGCCAGAACAGGGCCCUGCAGUGACUUUAGUUGCAUAUUCCCCUCUCAAGCAGGAGUGGUGGAGAACGCUUGGCCUGGUGACGCCAUGGACUAAGAUCCAGUAGGCUAGCCCAAAUCAGGUCCCUGCGCCUGGCGGUGCACCCUAGCAGUGAAGCAUUCAGUAGGUUGACCUGGAGGGGCAGGCCCAGCAGAGGCUGCCCAGGUCUGUGUCUCCCUAGUACAUUGCAGUGGGCAGGAACACCUAGCCGGUGGAUUCAAACAAACUGUAACAGACAAAGAGGAAAAAAAAAACCUGGGCCUCCUACAGACAUUUGUAUGGAAGGAACAAAAAGUAUAGGAAAAGGGAGCAACAAGAAAGGGUCCUCAGUCCCCAAGCCUGAGAACACUGAUCCAGGAAAGGUAAAUGCAAAAGAGAAUGAAGACAGAAAACAUGCAAUAUCAGACAUGUUACCUAUAGAUAUAAAAAGGUAUCUCUGGAGCCUCAUAGACGAGUUCAAAAAUAAAGUAUUUAAUGAAAUAAAGCAAGAAAUAAGUAGAAUAGUUAGAGAAAUGCUAAGCACCACCCAAGGAAAAACAGAUGGUGGAAUGGAAAAACAGAAAAAAGGGGAGAAUUGUUUGAUGGAGAAAAUAGAGAAAACAUAGAAUACGUGAAGCAGGUUCAAAGAGAUUACCAGGAAACUAAAAACUCUAUUGAAAGCUGGAAUAACAGCUUGAAAGAAACUAAGGAUAGAUUAUCAGAACUGGAGGACAGAUUUGUAAGGUGGGAGCAUAAAAUGAAAAACUUAUUAAAAAUAACAAGAAAACAAACAGCAAUAAUACAAAGACUAGAAGAUGAUAAGAGGAUCUAUAACUUAAGAACAUAAAAGAAGUAGGGACUCAAACAAAUGAACUACAAAAGCUAUUCACAGAAAUAAUCCAGGAGAAUUUCCCUAAUUUAGCAAAAGGUAAAGAUACUCAGAUGUAUGAGGCAUACAGGACCCCAGCCACCUACAACCCAAACAGAGCUACACCCAGGCAUAUAAUAAUCAAAAUUCCAGAAAUACAAUAUAAGAACAGAAUAUUAAAAGCCGUCAGAGACAAGAAACAGAUCACUUACAAGGGAACACCCAUCAGAAUUACAGCAGAUUUCUCGGUACAAACCAUCAAAUCACGAAGAAUGUGGGGGGAAAUAAUUCAAGCUUUGAAAGAUAAUAACCUCCAGCCAAGAUUGAUAUAUCCUGCACAACUGUCCCUAGAAAUUGAUAGAAAAACAAGGUGCUUCCAGGAUAAAGAGGAACUAGGGGAAUUUGCAGCCACCAAUUCAACUCUACAGAGAUUACUGCAGGAUAUUCUAAAAAAUACCAAGAUUCCAGAAACAGUGGCAGAGCGGCCACAAUGAAUGGAGCAGAAAGCGAAAGGAAGAGGACAAACUGACAACUAAUGACAGAAAAAUUGCUCAACAGAAAUGAGGCAGAGAAGGUUGGAUGGUAGGAACAGCUAUUUUGGAGAAAACAAGACAUCAUAAUAGGUAGUGCUGAUUUAAUAUCAUCUUGUUUUGAAGUCCCAUCAAGCUUUUGUUCUUCUGUCUCCAUUGGUUUUAACGUGUUGUAUCUUAUUGGAUUUUAUUAUAUGUGAUAAUAUAAGCAAAAACUUUUAUAGACAAGGAGAUUAUACAGAAACCAUUGUUCAUUUUCUGUUAGUUGAUUCUAAAUAUGCUGUAAUACUGUCAUUCUCUUGAAUGGUUUUACAUUGUCUUGAUAUGUUUGAUGCUACAGUAUAUGAAGUUAUACCCAAAGAUUUUAAGGGAAGAGACACUAUGGUAACUACUAUUAUGUCGAGAUUAUCUUGUGGUGAAACACUAUUUUGCUUAAAUGGCUAUGUUUUGACCUGCGCCGUUUUGUUGUUAUGCUCUCUUUUUUUUAUCUCAAUCUCCUUUUUAUUAUCUAUUUUUUCAUUUUUAUCCUUUUAAUUAAGGGAAAAAUAAAUUUAAAAAGCAGGAUAUAUUAUAGUAACCCACUUUGAUUUCCUGUUAACUUGAUUUGAAACUCUGUAUUGUUCUUACCAUCUUGUUUUAACUGAUUUUCCUCUAUUCUGUUACGCUUGAUAGUACCAAGUUUGAAAGUCUAGGCAACAACUAUGAAGACAGUAAGAUUCAUUGUGAUGCCCAUUCUGGUUGACUAGUAUCUUCUUUUGAAGUCCUCUAAUGUCUGCAAUGUUUUGGUUUUAUUGGUCUUAUUCUUUACUGUUUUGUUCAAUUUUAUUAUAACUGAUGAUAUAGGCAAUUCUUUUUAAGAUAACAAGAGGCAUUAUGGUAAUCAUUGUCGAUCACCUUGUAUUUUGUUAUUACAUUAUGUAAUAUGUCCAUUCUUUUGAUUUGACUGACUCUGUCCUGGUAUGUCACAUUUGGUUUUACUUUCUUAAAAAAAAAGUAAUAAGAACUGUGGGAGCAGUGAAAUCCAAGAUGUGUAAUUGUCAUUGUACGGAAGAAGGGAGGAGAGAUUCUCUGGAAGAUAUAAGUGCAUGUGUGUUUGGGUGUGUAGGAUGGAUAACCAUAUUGCUGAGUUUUGUUGGAUGAUUGAACAAAACUGUUUGCAGUCUCACUGUUUGAAGGUCCCCUCUGUAUGCUUUAAUUUUGUAACUUCAAUAACUAUUUCUAAGAUGACAAUAUAUAAUUAACUAGUGAUUUCCUACUGUUUAUUUUUUCUGAAAUUCUGUAUAACUUGUACCCUUUUUCUUCUUUCUCCUUAAAUAAAAUUAAAAAAAAAUAA